AAAGACAUUACUGCUGAUGAUUCUGGGGAAGUAACAGCCAAAUGUGGAAACCAAACCUCAACUGCAUAUUUAUAUGUAGAAGAUAUUCCAGUCAACUUUACCAAACGCUUAACGGAUCAAAAUGUUAUGGAACAUAAAAAUGCAAAAUUCACAUGUGAGACAUCGGUGGAAGAUGUGGAAGUUGAUUGGUUUGUGAAGGGAGAACAGGUUAAAGAGUCCCAGAAAUAUUCAAUCUAUGAGGAUGGAGUGACACAUAUGUUGGUAAUACAUGAUGUGCUCAUUGGGGAUUCAGCCCAAGUUACCGCUAGAGUCAGCCAAUUUGAAUCCACUGCUUAUCUUUAUGUGAAAGCUCAACCAGUUGAGUUCACGAGAACACUUGAAGACCAAAGCGUCGCUGAAAAUACUACUGCUAGCUUUACAUGCGAGGUCUCUAAGCCAGCUAAUGUGCAAUGGUUUGUCAGUGAAGUUGAAGUGACACAAGGCUCCAAGUAUGAAAUAGACAUGAAGGGUUUAAGCCAUAGUUUAACCA